AGUUCAUGAGUUUAUUUGAGUACACUGCUCUUUUGAACUUGCAACACAACUCUAGAAUACAUAAAAGAAAAAUUGGUAAACAAUAUACAUUUGGAGGGAAAAAGCAGCGGCUGUCAAAAUGAGCGUGGAGGACGAAGUGUUCCGAAUUCAGAAAAAAAUAGGCAAAAUAUCGACGGCUAGCGAUGGCACGGGCCAAGAGCAGGCGCUAGAUUUGCUGAAGGCGCUGCAAACGCUCAAUAUUAAUCUGGAAAUAUUGACAAAGACACGCAUUGGCAUGACGGUAAACGAACUGCGUAAGAGCAGCAAGGACGACGAGGUUAUUGCACUAGCUAAGACACUGAUUAAGAACUGGAAACGUUUUCUUGCUAGUCCUGCGCCCACGACUACGCCAAAGGAGAAUGCUCCCGGCAAAGAAAGCUCAAGCAGUGCAUCGAAAGCUACAACUGCCAGCAAAUCUAAGGAGAAAAGCAGCAGCAGCGGCAGCAACUCUAGCAGCAAAGACAAGCGCGAUGAUAAAAAGUCAACACAAUCAUCUUUUCCGGCUAGUAGCGGCGGAAUGACAGACGCUGUACGCCUUAAAUGCCGGGAAAUGUUAACUAAUGCGAUAAAAAUAGGUGAAGUGCCUGAAGGUUGUAAUGAGCCAGAGGAAAUGGCUGCCGAGCUGGAGGAUGCCAUCUAUGCUGAGUUCAAAAAUACUGAUAUGAAGUACAAGAAUCGCAUCCGCUCACGUGUUGCCAAUUUAAAGGAUCCAAAAAAUCCAGGCUUGCGUGGCAAUUUCAUGUGCGGCGCUGUCACCGCCAAACAACUGGCUAAAAUGACGCCAGAGGAGAUGGCCAGCGAUGAGAUGAAAAAGUUGCGUGAAAAGUUUGUAAAGGAGGCCAUUAAUGAUGCACAGCUGGCCACCGUACAGGGCACUAAGACCGACCUUCUCAAGUGUGGCAAGUGUAAGAAACGCAACUGCACCUACAAUCAGCUACAGACACGCUCCGCCGAUGAACCUAUGACCACGUUCGUCAUGUGCAAUGAGUGCGGCAAUCGCUGGAAGUUCUGCUAAAGGCACCAAGCCCCAUACACCCCCCUUAACAUUAAAUUUAACUAUGGCAUAUAGGCAUACACAUACACACAUACAUUUAUACACAUAAUACAUUUGUAUUCAUUGACCACCUAAAACGACAAAUUUCAAUAAUAAAAAACGUCAACUUGGAUGAGAACUUUUAUUUUGCUGCCCUG